GAGUUUAAUAAGAUUAGCUAGCCAUUGUAGGGUGUGGGUGGGUGUCGAUGUCGGGUGGUGCGCGAUCGUUCAAGCAACGACGCAGUAGGAACCGCCGCUAUUCCCGUUAUCAGAAUCGAUGGGGGUCGUGCUGGCAGGCUCGACCUCGACUGGGGUGUUGGUGAAGAAUGCGGUGAUGAAAGAAUCCAUUGCAGUAUGAUUUUCGGUUGCGGAAGAGAGGUGAGGAUGAGGGUGCGGGCGAGGAUGAGGAUGAGGACGGGGUAGCGAUGAGAUAUCGAAAGACAAUUGAGCAGGUGAGGACAGAUGUCGAGCGUGCCUAUAUUACACAUGCGCAAUGGGUGCGGACGGAAUGACCAAGACGGGUCAGCUCAAGUUCUUAUUGUUUUGCACGCAGACGGCCCGUGGUUUAACGGAGCUAAAUAUGUUCGGAGGCGCCGACCGGAUAUGGUAAGAAGGUUCCAGCGUGACUUUGUUCAACUCGAAUCCUGCUUCGAGUUGUUCCAGGACGCUGCGGGUGCCUGGCAUUACCACGGUGGUGCGGAAGCGAAAAGAUAGUCAUGUCGGAUUCCAGAUGCCGUUGUAGGCAUAUUCACGAGCAACAGCUUCUGGUGUAUAUCCCAUCCGAUUGUAGUGAUUCGAAGGCUUGGCCCGGCCCUGACAAGGUGGUCCAUCCAGUUCUACAUCUACGCCGACGUCCAACAGCGGGUGACCGCUUCAAGACACAGUGUCAUAUCUG